CACCAGAGCAGGAAGAGAAAGCAAAACUCAGCAGCUGGAUUUUGUGUCGAGGUGAAAAUGAACUCUUUUAGGACGAAAACAAGAAGGAUGGAGGGAAAGAGAUCAGACUCACCAGAACCCAGCUCGGUGUCCAUGAAGAGUCAGUGGACAAAGGACCAUUCAGUAUACUUCAGAGACAGAGACAGUUCUGCUGAUCUGAGAAUGAUGGAGGGAAAGAGAUCAGACUCACCAGAACCCAGCUGUGUGUCCAUGAAGAGUGAGAUGUCAGUGGGACGUCUAGCUGCCUUCAGAGACCGAGACGGUUCUGCUGAUGUGAGACCACAAAAGAAGAAAUCAAACAUCAGCAGAAGUCAACUGGAGUCCAUAUUCAAGGAGCUGGAACACAAAGUCAUCGCUGUGAUACAGAAGGAGCUGAAAAGGUUUAAGAAGCUCCUGAGUCCAGAUUCCCCAGCAUGCUCUGAGAGGGAGGUGGAGGAUGAGGAGGAUCAGAGCAGCAUCAGAGAGGGAGUGCUGAAGAUCACACUGCACUUCCUGAAGAACAUGAACCACACAGAUCUCGCUCACACACUGCAGAACAAGUCUGCGGUCUCUGUGUGUCAGCAAAAGCUGAAAUCCCACCUGAGAGAGAAGUUCAAAAGAAUUAAUGAAGGAAUCUCACAGCAUGGAAGCUCAGCUCUUCUGAAUGAGAUCUACACAGAGCUCUACAUCACAGAGGGUUGGAGUGGAGACGUCAAUAAAGAACAUGAGGUGAGACAGAUUGAGACAGCGUCCAGGAGACCAGCAACACAGGAGACACCCAUCAAAUGUAAUGAUCUCUUUCAAGACACGUCCAUCAGAAGUGUGCUGACUAAAGGAGUUGCUGGAAUUGGAAAAACAGUCUCUGUGCAGAAGUUCAUUCUGGACUGGACUGAAGGAAAAGCGAAUCAGGACGUCACCUUCAUGUUCCCACUUCCCUUUAGAGAGCUGAAUCUGACGAAGCAGGAAAAUCUCAGUCUGAUGAAUCUCCUUCAUCACUUUUUCCCAGAAAUGAGAGAACUAGGAUUAAUAGAUUGUAACAUUUACAAAGUCCUGUUGAUCUUUGAUGGUCUGGAUGAGUGUCGAUUUCCUCUAAAUUUCCAGAACAGUGAGAGAUUGUGUGAUGUGACAGAGUCGGCCUCAGUGGAUGUGCUGCUGACAAACCUCAUCAAGGGGAAUCUGCUUCCCUCUGCUCUCCUCUGGAUAACCUCUCGUCCAGCAGCAGCCAAUCAGAUCCCUCCUGAGUGUGUAGACCAGGUAACAGAGGUACGAGGGUUCAGUGAUCCUCAGAAAGAGGAGUACUUCAGGAAGAGGAUCAGUGAUCAGAGCCUGGCCAAUAAAAUCAUCACACACAUGAAGUCCUCAAGAAGCCUCUACAUCAUGUGCUACAUCCCAGUCUUCUGCUGGAUCUCAGCCACUGUUCUCAAGAGAAUGUUGGGUGAAGCAGAGAGUGGAGAGAUCCCCAAGACUCUGACUCAGAUGUUCACACACUUCCUGAUCUUUCAGAUCAAACGCAAGGAGCAAAAGUACCAUCAGAAAUGUGAGCCUGAUCCUCAGCAGACCAGAGAGAGUAUCCUGGCACUGGGAAAACUGGCUUUCCAACAGCUGGAGAAAGGAAACCUGAUCUUCUAUGAGGAAGACCUGAGAGAGUGUGGCAUUGAUGUGAGAGAAGUAUCAGUGUACUCAGGAGUGUGUACCCAAAUCUUCAGAGAGGAGUUUGGGCUUCACCUGGGGAUGGUCUUCAGCUUUGUACAUCUGAGCGUUCAGGAGUUUCUGGCUGCUUUAUACACAUUUCUCUGCUUUAUUUUUACAAAGACAAAUGUGCUCGGGAAUCAACCUCCUGGACUUUUUAAUUUCUUCAGAAAGUCAAACAUGUCUGAUUUCCUCAGGAGCGCAGUGGACAAGGCCUUACAGAGUGAGAAUGGACACCUGGACCUGUUCCUCCGCUUCCUUCUGGGUCUCUCACUGGAAUCCAAUCAGACUCUCUUACGAGGCUUGAUGCCCCAGACAGGAAGUAGCUCUCACAGCAAACAGGAAACAAUCGAAUACAUCAAGAAGAUGAUCAGGGAGAAUCCAUCUCCAGAGAAAUCCAUCAAUCUGUUCCACUGUCUGAAUGAACUGAAUGAUCAUUCUCUCGUGCAGGAAGUACAACGCUACCUGAACAGAAGCGAUUCCUGGUGUCUCAGUGGAACCAGACUCUCUCCUGCUCAGUGGUCAGCUCUGGUGUUUGUGUUACUGAACUCAGAACAGGAGCUGGAUGAGUUUAAUUUGAGUAAAUAUGACCCAUCAGAGGAAUGUCUUCUGAAGCUGAUUCCAGUGGUCAAAGCCUCCAGAAGAGCUGAUCUGUGUGUGUGUGAUCUGACCGAGGAAAGCUGUAGAGUUCUGUCCUCAGUUCUCAGCUCAAACUCCUCCAGACUGAAAGAACUGGACCUGAGGGGCAAUAACCUGCAGGAUUCAGGAGUGAAGCUGCUCUCUGCUGGACUGGAGAAUCCACACUGUACACUGGAGAUACUGAGUCUGCGUGGGUGUAAACUGACAGAGGAAAGCUGUAGAGUUCUGUCCUCAGUUCUCAGCUCAAACUCCUCCAGACUGAGAGAACUGGACCUGAGGGACAAUAACCUGCAGGAUUCAGGAGUGAAGCUGCUCUCUGCUGGACUGGAGAAUCCACACUGUACACUGGAGAAACUGAGUCUGAGUGGGUGUAAUCUGACAGAGGAAAGCUGUAGAGUUCUGUCCUCAGUUCUCAGCUCAAACUCCUCCAGACUGAGAGAACUGAACCUGAGUGCCAAUAACCUGCAGGAUUCAGGAGUGAAGCUGCUCUCUGCUGGACUGGAGAAUCCACACUGUACACUGGAGACACUGAGUCUGCGUGGGUGUAAUCUGACAGAGGAAAGCUGUAGAGUUCUGUCCUCAGUUCUCAGCUCAAACUCCUCCAGACUGAGAGAACUGGACCUGAGGGACAAUAACCUGCAGGAUUCAGGAGUGAAGCUGCUCUCUGCUGGUCUGGAGAAUCCACACUGUACACUGGAGACACUGAGUCUGUGUCGGUGUCAACUGACAGAGGAAAGCUGUAGAGUUCUGUCCUCAGUUCUCAGCUCAAACUCCUCCAGACUGAGAGAACUGAACCUGAGGGGCAAUAACCUGCAGGAUUCAGGAGUGAAGCUGCUCUCUGCUGGACUGGAGAAUCCACACUGUACACUGGAGAAACUGAGUCUGCGUGGGUGUAAUCUGACAGAGGAAAGCUGUAGAGUUCUGUCCUCAGUUCUCAGCUCAAACUCCUCCAGACUGAGAGAACUGGACCUGAGGGGCAAUAACCUGCAGGAUUCAGGAGUGAAGCUGCUCUCUGCUGGACUGGAGAAUCCACACUGUACACUGGAGACACUGAGGUUGUCUCACUGCAGGAUUACAGGUGAAGGUUUUGCUGCUCUGGUUUCAGCUCUGAGGUCAAAUCCCUCAUCACACCUGAGAGAACUGGAUCUGAACUGGAAUAAUCCAGGAGAAUCAGGAGUGAAGCUGCUCUCUGAUCUACUGAAGGAUCCACACUGUACACUGGAGACACUACAUCUGCGUUGGUGUAAUCUGACAGAGGAAAGCUGUAGAGUUCUGUCCUCAGUUCUCAGCUCAAACUCCUCCAGACUGAGAGAACUGGACCUGAGGGGCAAUAACCUGCAGGAUUCAGGAGUGAAGCUGCUCUCUGCUGGACUGGAGAAUCCACACUGUACACUGGAGAUACUGAGUCUGUGUGGGUGUAAACUGACAGAGGAAAGCUGUAGAGUUCUGUCCUCAGUUCUCAGCUCAAACUCCUCCAGACUGAGAGAACUGAACCUGAGUGACAAUAACCUGCAGGAUUCAGGAGUGAAGCUGCUCUCUGCUGGACUGGAGAAUCCACACUGUACACUGGAGAUACUGAGUCUGUGUGUGUGUGAUCUGACAGAGGAAAGCUGUAGAGUUCUGUCCUCAGUUCUCAGCUCAAACUCCUCCAGACUGAGAGAACUGGACCUGAGGGACAAUAACCUGCAGGAUUCAGGAGUGAAGCUGCUCUCUGCUGGACUGGAGAAUCCACACUGUACACUGGAGAUACUGAGUCUGUGUUGGUGUGAUCUGACAGAGGAAAGCUGUAGAGUUCUGUCCUCAGUUCUCAGCUCAAACUCCUCCAGACUGAGAGAACUGGACCUGAGGGACAAUAACCUGCAGGAUUCAGGAGUGAAGCUGCUCUCUGCUGGACUGGAGAAUCCACACUGUACACUGGAGACACUGAGUCUGCGUGGGUGUAAACUGACAGAGGAAAGCUGUAGAGUUCUGUCCUCAGUUCUCAGCUCAAACUCCUCCAGACUGAGAGAACUGAACCUGAGUGACAAUAACCUGCAGGAUUCAGGAGUGAAGCUGCUCUCUGCUGGACUGGAGAAUCCACACUGUACACUGGAGACACUGAGUCUGUAUCGGUGUCAACUGACAGAGGAAAGCUGUAGAGUUCUGUCCUCAGUUCUCAGCUCAAACUCCUCCAGACUGAGAGAACUGGACCUGAGGGGCAAUAACCUGCAGGAUUCAGGAGUGAAGCUGCUCUCUGCUGGACUGGAGAAUCCACACUGUACAUUGGAGACACUGAGGUUGUCGAACUGCAGGAUUACAGGUGAAGGUUUUGCUGCUCUGGUUUCAGCUCUGAGGUCAAAUCCCUCAUCACACCUGAGAGAACUGGAUCUGAACUGUAAUAAUCCAGGAGAAUCAGGAGUGAAGCUGCUCUCUGAUCUACUGAAGGAUCCACACUGUACACUGGAGACACUACAUCUGACAGAACUGAAUCUCAGUGGAAAUAACCUGCAGGAUUCAGGAGUGAAGCUGCUCUCUGCUGGACUGGAGAAUCCACACUGUACACUGGAGAAACUGAGGUGUCCAGAUGAAGAAGAGCUUCAGGAUUCUGAUGAACAACCCAGACACCAGAAAACCAACAAACAGCAUGAACAAAACCAGAAGUUGCAGCAGGAGAACAGAGAGCAGAAGCAUUCAGUCAUCACAGAGGUAUUCAUCCCUGAAUUAGUGAAACACGGUGAUGACGGCGGUGCAUACAGAUUUCGUUGCUCUCGUGCUGGUCAGUUUCACUGCAAAUUGACCAACCUUGGCUUUGAGAUGAAAGAGAAUGGGGAAGUGCUGUACACAGUCGUGUCCUGGGAUAACGGUCAGUUGCAGGGCCUGGGCCAAUUCCAGCCUGCAGGACCCCUGUACAACAUCAACUGCUCUGAAGGUUCAAUUCUUUAUCUGCAUUUCCCACACUGCGAGAUACAAACAGAUCACAAUCAGAUUGAACUGGCUGUGGCACAUUUCAUUGAGGGUAAUGUGGAGAUCAUUCAGCCCCUGGAAAUAACAAACACACACGUGAUCUUGGAAGUCCAAGGUCUCUCCUUGUUUGGCCUGAUUAUAAAAAGGAUCUUUGGGGGAAAACCCAUCAGUGCUCAAAUCCUUCUCUUCUACAAAGAAAUGAUUGGAAAGAAGGAAAGGAGGAGAAAACUGGAUAUUCACUUGUUGCCCGGAAAUGUGCCAGUUGAAGAGGUGCGGAAACAACACCAGUGCAGCACAUACAUUCCUUGCAGCUCCAUAUGUGAACUGACGCCUGGUAAAAAAUACAGACCACUCUGUGAACCUCAUAAAUCCCAGCCAAAGGUUAAGAAAUUUCUCUGUGACUAUGGACCCAACUAUCACAUCACAUUUGAGGUGAUCCUUAAGACGGAGGUUGAAGACCUCACAUUAGGUCUUUCAAAUGAAAUUGGUGAGGAGGUGUGGGAGCCUUGUCAGGUCUUUCUUCCAGUGAAUAGUCGAAAAGCAGCUCCAGUUGUAAUGGAUGAAGGUGUUGAAUUUGUAGAUAAAUACAGAGACACGCUCAUACAGAGAGUUGCAUCAGUACUGGAAAUAGCAGACGCUCUACUCGCCAAGAAAAUCAUCACCAGUGAAAUGUACAGUGUUCUCAUCGAGGCAACAACACCACAGGAGAAAAUGAGGAAAUUGUACAGAUUUCUCGACUCAGGAGGAAGAGCUGCCAAAGCAGAAUUCUAUAAAGUCCUGAAGGAGAAGGAGCUUCUUGUAGUGAAUGACCUGGAGUCAGGAUUCGAAUAAUGCAACACUGUCACGAUAAAAAUUAGUCCUUAAUGUGUCAGUUUUUUUAUACUCAAUGAUAUGAGCCGGGCGGCACAGUGGUGUAGUGGUUAGCGCUGUCGCCUCACAGCAAGAAGGUCCUGGGUUCGAGCCCCGUGGCCGGCGAGGGCCUUUCUGUGCGGAGUUUGCAUGUUCUCCCCGUGUCCGCGUGGGCUUCCUCCGGGUGCUCCGGUUUCCCCCACAGUCCAAAGACAUGCAGGUUAGGUUAACUGGUGACUC